CGAGCUAUUGUAAACUUUGUUGUCUUGUCUUUUAGGACGUUGUUACAGAUCUAACGACUUAAAACUAAUCAGUAUUUAAUAAAACAACGAACGACAAGUUUCGUUUAACUGAUACUAAACUAAUUUUCCGAAUUUUCCGAAAGUUUGUCAAAUUCCGACGUCUUUUCCAGAAUGGAGCUUGGAGAGAAGCUGAAAGAACUGAACAUGACGGAGGAGGAAAUCGGCAGAUUCUCGAAGGCGUUUAAAGAUGAGAAAUUCCGGGAAAUGCUGUGUGAAUACGCCGAGGAAAUAUCAAACCCAGAGAACAAAAAAAGAUAUGAAGAGGAGAUCAGACUUCUGGAGCAGGAGAGAGGACACAAGGUGGAGUUCAUCCACCCAGAACCAUUCAGAUGUCUCAGGACGAGCGUGAAUGGGAAAGAGAAAUGCUACAUCAAUAUUUGUUCAAAUGAAAAAGUUGGGAAGCCUUCAUGUAAGAGUGGGGUUUCAGAAACUGGUCAAAGAGGGCACUGUUGGUCCCUUCCUCACUGUCUUCACCCUGGGAGACAAGACAUAGACCAGAAGGGGAAGAAAAUAAUGAUUUAUGAUGUCAUUUUCCACCCUGAUACUAUUCACAUGGCAAGCAAAAGUAAGAAAUUCAUGGAAAUAGUUGACGGUGCAGCUAUUCAGGGUAUCCAGGAGGGUUUUAAAGUGACUCUGGACAAAAACAAUGUGAAACACUUGAAAGUAAAGUAUAAAGGCACCCCGCAGGCACCUGUCAUCCGAAAACCCAUACCUGGAUACCAAGCCAAGGAGGUCAAAGAUGGGCAGCCUGACCCUCUUGCUGUCCCGUAUCCUGAUGAAAAAAGACCCACCUCAUGUAAAAGUACAACAAAAGGCAUCAGUGCAACUAAACCCCAGAGCUUCCAGAUCCAGCCUGAGAAAACCAACAAGCCGACUGAGCCCAAGUACACAGUCAAAUAUCGAUCAUUCAUCGAUCUGCAAGACUUCAGAUGUUCAAGAGACUCAGGUCGGAGCCCUAGGCCCAAAGAGAUUGUGGUAACUAUUGACCUGCCUCUUUUGAAGUCAGUCGCAGACACCAGCCUUGAAAUAAAAGAGCAAAACCUGCUGCUGGAGUCCAAGAACCCCGCCUACAGACUGGAGCUGACCUUGGCCUACCUUGUGGACGAGGAUAAAGGAGAGGCCAAGUUCAACAAACACAGUCGGCAGCUCAUUGUCACACUGCCUGUUCUUCCUUCUAAGGAGGUGUUUGACUUCCCCGGAGCUCCUCCUGCUGAAACUGUCACUGAGAUUCAGAGGGGUGAUGAAGACGGACAGGAGGAAGAGGAGGGCAGGUGUGAGAAGCAGAUAGGAGAAGGUGAAGAAAAGGUGGAAGGAGAAGAGGAGGGAAUGAGACAGCAGCAGAGGGUGGAGGGAGAGGAAGGUGAGGAGAAAGGACAGGGAGAGAGGAGGGAUGAUGGUGAGGAAGAGGAUGAGGAGGAGAAAAGAGGAGGUGAGAGAUGUGAAGAGGAGAAAAAAGAAGUGGGGGAUGAGGAGCAGGGAAAGGGGCGAGAAAGUGUGGAGGAGGAAAAAGAGGAAGGUGAGGAGAAAGGACAGGGAGAGAGGAGGGAUGGAGGUGAGGAAGAGGAUGAGGAGGAGAGAAGAGGAAGUGAGAGAUGUGAAGAGCAGAAAAAAGAAGUGGGGGGUGAAGAGCAGGGAAAGGGUCGAGAAAGUGUGGAGGAGAAAAAAGAGGAAGGAGAACAACAAAAGAUGGAGGUGGAGGAAGGUGAGGAGAAAGGACAGGGUGAGAGGAGGGAUGAAGGUGAGGAAGAGGAUGAGGAGGAGAAAAGAGGUGAGAAAUGUGAAGAGGAGAAAAAAGAAAUGGGGGAUGAGGAGCAGGGAAAGGGCCGAGAAAGUGUGGAGGAGGAAAAGGAGGAAGGAGAACAGGAAGAAAUUAAACAGCAAAAGAUGGAGGUGGAGGAAGGCGAGGAUGAGGAGGGAACUGUGGAAGAGGAGAGAAAAGAAGACAAAAAAUGUGAGGAGAAAGAAGAAGUUGAGGACAAAGAGGAGGAGGAAAAGGAGGGAAUGAAACAGCAAAAGAUGGAGGUAGAGGAAGGUGAGGAUGGGAAAGACAGAGGAGGUGAAGAGAGAGGACAGGAUGAAGAGGAGAAAAGAGAAGACAAAAAAUGUAAGGAGAAAAAAGAGCUGAAAAUGGAGGAGGAAAUGAAACAGCAGGAGAUGGAGGUGGAGGAAGGUGAGGAUGGGAAAGACAGAGGAGGUGAAGAGAGAGGACAGGAUGAAGAAGAGGAGGGGGAGGAAAAAAGAGAAGGUGAGGAAUGUGAGGAGAAGAAAGAAGUGGGGGGUAAGUGGAAGGAACCCAGAAAGGAGGAAGAGGAGAGGGAGGAGCAGCAGCAGGAAAAAGGCCAAGAAUGUGUGGAGGAGGAAGAGGAGGAGGAGGAGGAGGAAGAGUUACUGGUAGACCGUCUGAAAAACACAAGAGAGGAAGAAGACGUAAAUGUGGAGUCGACGACACAAAUGAAGACCUCAGACGUCCAAGAGGAGACUGAAAAAACAGACACUGAGAAGAUGGGAACAGACGCCUCUUUCCUGCAUCAAAUACCCAGCGCAAAUCUGCCAUUGUCGCAUCAAACACAUGCAGGAGGUUCAGGCAGGUCCAGCCUCUCUCCUGAGGAAGCUGUCGUGGAUGAAGAUCGAAGUGUACGGAGGGAGGGCAUCGAUGAAGACGAUCUGACGACGGAGCAAGUCUUCCCUAACCUGAUCCACGAGGACAAACCGCCGCCUAUGUUACUGAGGGAAGUCAGUGAAGAUGGAAGUGAGAAGGUCAUCAGUGAUCACUCCACGUCGGCCGGAUUCACCUUCCAAAACUCCCUACUGUUUGAGCUGGACUGAGUUACAUCGUGUGAGUUCAGAGAGGACUGUAGUUUCAGCAUUUAGACGUAAUAAAAGAUGUUCAUAUGUGCAAAACUGUGGA